AUGCGCUGGCUGCAGAAAGUGAUCGAGCUGCCGCCGCUGUCCCGCGGCUGCCACCUGCCAGAGCUGGCGGAGUUUGAGGUGGGCAUGGCCAACCUCUUCGUACAGCACACCAGCUGCUCCCUCACCAUCAACGAAAACGCCUCGCCCGACGUGCCGCUGGAUCUGGCCGACAGCCUGGACCGCAUUGCACCAGAGGGCAACAAAAUCAAGUACCGGCACGACGACGAAGGAGAUGACGACAUGCCAGCUCAUUCGUCGCUGAUGGGCGCCAGCCUGACGGUGCCGGUGCAGCACGGCCGCCUGGCGCUGGGCAUCUGGCAGGGCGUGAACUACGGCGGCCCCCGGCGGCUGGUGGUCACGGUGCAGGGCCAGCGGCGGGCAGACGGGCGCAAGUACAGCGGCUACCGGUGA